AGGGGUUUUUCUUUUCCUCUCCAGUCCUUUGGAGGUCUCUCCAACACUUUGACACAGGGGGGAAACCACUCUCUCUUCCCAGCUGCUCUUCCCUCCACUCAAGUAAGGCUCUCGCGUCACCCUCCUCCACUCAAGGAGGUGAAGCUCUGAGGUGUAGUCUCACACCUCCUUUUAACUACAGAUCACCUGUAACUAAUUACUUAGAUACCUCUACUUAGGCAGCUGCAAAACAUCUAAUGGAAUGGACGCCCACCCUACUCUCUUCCAUUCACUCCAGGGACCCACUAUCCAGCUUUUCCUAAGCCAGAACAGAACUUACACAGCUUUACUAGCUGCAGCCACACACCCUGGAGUUUACAUUUCAUCAGCCCAAUACUGGUGAACUACACACAUGAUUGUGCCUUUAUAUCUGUUCUCUUUAGGAAACAGUGUUAAGCUAUGCUCAUGAGCAGUUGCACAUUUCUGUAUUUAAUGCAAUGUGCAGUGUCAUACAGUCCCCUCCAUUUGUGUAUUAUAUCUGAAUCCUGCUUUCCAAUCACGUGUCUCUCGGGAAUAAAGAAAUUGCCUGGCUGAUGUUGGAGGCUGGAGCCGAUGCAGAUGUGGUCAACUCUGUUGGGAGAACAGCAGCACAAAUGGCAGCUUUUGUAGGCCAGCAUGAUUGUGUCACGGUAAUCAACAAUUUUUUCCCGCGGGAAAAACUUGAUUAUUACAUCAAGCCUCAAGGGUUAAAUAAAGAACCUAAACUGCCAUCAAAAUUAGCUGGACCCUUGUACAAGGUCAUUACAACCACAAACUUGCAUCCUGUUAAGGUUGUCUAUCUAAUAAAAGAGAACCCCCUUUUGAUGGAGGCAGAAGCUUUAAAGAAAUGUUGCACGGUGCUGGAUUUAAUCUGCGAGAAAUGCAUAAAGCAAAAGGACAUGAAUGAAGUUCUGGCCGUGAAAAUGCACUACAUUAGUUGCGUGUUGCAGAAGUGCUCUACUUUCCUCCAGGAUCAGGAAGACAAACUUGAUGCCUUUAUUAAAAAUUUAUUAAAAGGCAGAGAUCCAGACUGCUUCCCCGUGUUCCAGGAGAAGUUCAUCCGAGAAUGUAUCAGGAAGUUUCCUUACUGCGAGGCAACGUUACUCCAGCAGCUUGUCAGAAGCAUUGCUCCAGUGGAAAUAGGCUCUGAUCCCACUGCAUUCUCCAUACUUACACAAGCUAUUACUGGACAAGUGGGCUUCAUUGAUGCAGACUUCUGUACCACGUGUGGAGAGAAGGGUGCCACCAAAAGAUGCUCUGUGUGCAAACUGGUGAUAUAUUGUGAUCACAACUGCCAGAAACUGCACUGGUUCACACACAAAAAAGUCUGUAAAAUUCUGAAGGAGAAGAGAGAGAAGCAAGAGCAGGAAGCGGCUAAAGAGAAGAGAAGAGAGGAAAAGCUGGCUCACAAAGCAGAGCAAAUAAAAACUGAUGAACAACUUGCGGAGACGGAAGGAGCUUCUAAUUCCCAAACAGAAGCAGAAGGCCCGGCAGUAGCAAGUGCAGCAGAAGGAUUGGAGGGAAGCAAAAUGGCUGCUGAAACCAAUAUCUCAAUCAGCAAAUCACAUUGAAGAGUAAAGGCCUUUCCAACCUCUUAUCUUCAGUUCUGUGACAUGUUCUCACAAGAUGUGGAGAGGCAGAAAGUGUAGAAAACCUGUCUGUAAAGGAUCGUACCAUCCACAAAUGCCUCUGUCGCUCUACUUCUUGUGCUUGAGAAUUGCAUUCUGCUUACUGACGUUUGCUACUGUGAAAGCUUCUUAUGUGCAAUAAUAUCUACCAACCACACAGCUCGAAUGACCCACCGCAAAGGUGAUUCAAAUAAAUAAAAAAAGUCCCGUUCCAAAAACGUAAGAAAAAGACCAAGUGCAAAGCCUUUGAGAUGGAUUCUGUAUAAACUGGUGUUAUGGUGAGCUUCACUCUUAAUAAAACAUGUUUUUCUACAUAACAAUUAUAUCAGGGGUAUAUUACAAAAAAAACUUCAAAUAUUUUUGGGUUUUUCUCACUUGAUUUGCUUUAUGGUCUGUAUGAGCUGUUGAUGACAUUUGUCAAGGCACCUUUUUUUCAGAAUACAGCUUUAACGGGAAAAUAUAUCCCUCUUUUUGACAUGAGCUCUUAGAGUUGGGCUUGUGUAGAAAAGAUGCUUAAAGGAGAAGGAAAGCUACAGAGACAGUUUAUUGCCAAUAGAUUAGCUGCAAUAGUGCAAGCUAGAAUGUUAUA